UAUGAAGACUGAUGUUUUAAUGAUCCCACACUGCUACUUUGGGGAAUUCUAGUGAUGUUUGUGAAAUUAAUCGGAAACGUUUGUUCACUGUGUUUCUUUCCUCGUCUAUUUUAUAGAGUAGUAUUUUAGUCGUGUAUUUUCCGUGCGCUAGGUGGCACUUGUUGCGCUCGGAGCUGGUGGUUUGAGGAAUCAUCUCAGACAUCAAACGUUCUUAGCACUUGUUGGAAGGUCUGGUCACAUUUUAUAUUAGAUGGGCUUAAUUACUACGUGCUUGUUCCAAAAUACAACGUACUCAUCGUGGUCAUAUUGUGUUGCAAAACACUACAGAGUUGGGAUACAGGUAAGAUUAGGCGAGGGGUAGAUUUAUUGGGUUAAGGUGCAAGAGACGGGUCAACAGUGAAAAUAUAAAUACAGAAGUUAUAGGUAUUCAAAAACUAUAAGUGCAAUGUUAAUAGAUGUAGACAAGUGUAUUGUACCAAAUGAUUAAAAUGUAAGUACACAAUAGUUAAGGCCACCUUAUAUAAAGUUAAUCAUUAGCUUUUUGUACGUUAAGACAUUAUUUAAACCAUUUAUUUAUUUAUUUUAAUUAACCACUAAAGUUAUCGGCAAUAAUGCGCACUCCCGCUACAGCUCUGGUUAUGAAUACGUUUUUUGUGAGAAGUGUUGCGUUUUGAUUCCUACAUUCAUACUAAAACACAUGUGAUCCAUUAGUUUGAAUAUUAAAGUCAUACUAUUUUCUCCUACAGUAACAGUAAUAAAGAACUAACUUAACACAUUCAUCUGUCUACUCGUAACAGUAUUUUUUCCCUUGCAGAUAUUCUAGGUGUAUCUUCCACUAUUCUUCAGUUGCCUUUCAGAGCAUGUUUUACAUCUCCACGAGGGUCCCUCCUCCUCUGUUUAGAGCGCGCUCUCGGACAGCCGAGCGCGCAAAGUGAGGCAGAAGUCAAGCGGACUUCACCGAGGACUGUAUCAAAGGCUGCUGUGGCCAUGAACGCUCUUCCCGAAAAAGGAUGACAUCUAAAUGUCAGUCUUCAGACGUCCUGCCGCAAAACCUGACGGCUGGAACCAUGAUGUGGGAAUCGAACCUCUCCAAAUCUUCACAGGACGGCGCUGGCAAGGGCGCCAGCUGCGGCUCCGUGUCCGUGUUUUUCCCCAUCACUAUGAUGGUCACUGGAAUGGUCGGAAACUCUCUCGCGAUGCUGCUAGUUUAUAGUGCAUACAGAAAAAAGGAGAACAAGAGGAAGAAGUCGUUUCUGCUUUGCAUCGGCUCUUUGGCGUUAACUGAUCUUUUCGGCCAGCUGCUCACAAGUCCGAUUGUCAUUUCGGUGUACAGAGCAGAUCUGAAAUGGAAACGCGUGGACCCCUCGGGGACUCUGUGCGCUUUCUUUGGGGUGUGCAUGACUACUUUUGGCUUGUGUCCUCUCUUUUUAGCCAGUGCCAUGGCCAUUGAGAGGGCCUUGGCCAUCACUGCUCCUCACUGGUACUCGCAUUACAUGAAAACCAACGUGACCAAGCAGGUUCUGGUCAUCAUCUGGUGCCUGAUUUUGCUUUUUGCCUUAUUGCCCAUUGCUGGGGUUGGAAAGUAUACUUUGCAGUGGCCGGGCACUUGGUGCUUCAUAAGUACGGGUGACAAGGACGUAACGGGAAAUACGUUUUUUGCCACGACUUUUGCUGCAUUGGGGAUAUUUUCUUUGCUGGUCACGUUGUCGUGUAAUGUUGUGACCAUCCGUGCUUUGGUUACACGUUGCAGGACGAAGGCUACCUCGACCCAGUCGUCCAAGCAAUGGGAGAGGUUAACUACAGAGACUGUUAUUCAGUUGAUGGGCAUUAUGUGUGUGCUGUUGACAUGCUGGUCACCUCUACUGGUCCUAAUGUUGAAGAUGAUCUCAACCCACACAUCCUCACAUCAAUGCAAUUCCGCUGCUGUAUCUCUCUUAUCCCAGGACCUACAGAUGGACUGUAACUUCUUUCUCACAGCCAUACGUCUGGCCUCGCUCAAUCAGAUUCUGGAUCCAUGGGUUUACCUGCUCCUGCGAGAGAUUCUCCUGAGGAAGUUCUGUCAGGUGGCCAGUGCAGUAUCCAAGUGCUCACUGGAUGCACAGAAAGACACUCCUGUAGACACCCUAAAUAAAAAGGCCAUUCAGAACGAUAAUGUUCACAAACAGUCCCUGGACAUGGAGAACAGUAACUUGAAUGGAGGAAAUGAAGAACAGUGACUUGAGGAAAAAAUAGCAAAGGAUAUAUUCACCCAUGGUCAGAAUGAUGAGCUGGAAAUUUUCUAGAUGCAUUUAUGGAUUGUUGUAUUGAUGUAGGGCGAUGUCAGCAUGCUACCAGACAAAUGCGUCACUCUUUUGGUGUCACAGUCAAAGAGAUUUUGCUCAUGGUUACUCAGCAACAUUUCGAAUGCAGCAAAAUGGCAAGACCUUAAGAUAAUUACAUAUGCAGUGUUCCUCACAACUGUGGAAUAAUCAAAAAUAUCACGCAUGUUACAAAUGGUAAUAAAUUGUCCGAAAGGUGUGGGAAUCCUGCAUAUACAACAGCAAUAUUAGCAAAUCAGAAUAAAAGCGAGAUCAGCUGAUGUUUGCCAGCUCCCAUGGAGACUGUUUAUUUUAAACUGCAUUCAGUGUAGGUACUAUACAGCAAAAGCCUUUUAUUCAUCUGCCAACUGCAAGAAAAAAAUGAGGGAAUAUUUCUUAACGUUAAUUUCUGGUCUGUUAUAUAACAUUUCAGAGCGGUUUAUUGUGCAGUAAAGCGCUGAAUGGUUCUCGGAUGCUUUUCUCUAAACUCCUCAUCCUCGUGGCUCAUUUUAAACCUCUCUUAAACUCUAAAGUUCUCUUUAAACGUAUUGUGUGCAUUUCUCAACUCUUUAUGCUGGUAACUGUAACCUUGGGCACAUUUAAUUGAAUUCCAUUCUUGAGGUUCAGUUAAAUUCCAGAGGAAAGUAAAUGUAAAAGUGCAAAGUAAUUUAAUAGUUUAGUGAGAUACUUCCUGGCCUUGGAACAGUCCGUUCAGAGUGUUCAUUUUAAUAGCCAACUUUUGACACACAGAAUGCCUCAAGGUGCUGCAUCUUUUUAUGUGCAAUAUUCUUGAUCAUAUCAAUUGCCACCAUAAACCAAAAGACUUUUAAAUUCAAACGGAAGGCAAUUUCAUAAGAUGAUGAUUAGUCUUUCAUGGAAAUAGCUUUUUUAUACCAGUUGUUUUCAGGAGGCCAUUAAAGCUUUGAUCUGUUCUUAUUUUGCAUCCUUUUAGUGGUAAAUUACAUGACGCAUUGAGGUAGUUUGACUGGAAUGACUGGCGCAGCUGUUUUCUAUUAUUCUUGGCUGAUAAGACUGCAUGCAGUAAUUUUUGUUUGUUGAAUUUAUUUUAACACAUAAAUUAUUGCCAAGGAUGAUUGAAGUUGUUCUUCUAAUUGGGCCCUUCAGCUGCACAUCUGUAAUUAUGCAUAUUGCCAUGUGCUACUGAACAUCAUCUUAGCGUGUUAUAUGUUUCCACUGUGCAGUUGGUUUUUGUUAUAGAGGAUUAUCAUUUAUGCUCAACAGCAGGUUAUAUUCAUGGCACUCUGCAUAUACACUUGUGAUAUAGGAUACAAUAUUAGAAAGAAAAGAUUAAUUGUAUUUAAAGAAUAAUUUAAUACUGUCAAAAAAUAAUGUUUUAUAAAGCACUUUCCUUGUGUUUCAAUCGCUCUGAAACCAGCUAAAACUCUACGACACAAAAAAAAUUUGUGCUAAUGAUUUUACACACUGCCGAUGAAAGGAAAAUGAGCGAGAACGAUGGAAAAGGAAGAAAGGGAAAGGCAACGUAAUGUGUUUUCCUAGAGGUCGGAGCUCUGUGAAAUCAGUGAAUGUGAAAAGGUGCCGUGACCAGUAAAUACAUUUGGAAGAUCGCAUAAGGCAGUAGGAAAUUGCUAGUUUUCUGUUUCCACCAAAAAAGGUCUCUUGGCACAUCCAAAUAUUAACCUCGGAGAAAACUGUGAUUUCUGAUUGCUCUGGAAAUUAUGUGGGUUUUUGCAAAAGUACAGUUUUCAGUGGGAACCGGAAUACUUUUGUAAAUGGAUAUAACAUUUGACAUACGCGCUCAGGCGGUGAUUACACUGUAAAAUUAAUGAAACUGACAUGGGACUUAAUUAAUAGUGAAAUGAAUGUGGCUCAGGCUGCACUGUCAGAUGCCUAGUUGUGCUUAACUUGCUGUUGUCCGCUUGGGUAGCUGCAGAAUACGGCAAUGAAAAAAUAGUAUGACUGCAUACUAUUUCAUUGCCAAAUUAAAAGUUUCAGUGUAUCCAUGAGCAGAAAAGCAGGUUUCCUGUCAGCUCAACGGUGCAUUGAACUGAUGCACAUCUGACUUGUUGCCAUUCAGUGCUUUCCCUGUAUGAAUGUGACUGAUUCCUAUUUAGUCCACAGUUGUACAGUCUAUACUAAAGCUGAUCAGAGCAUUGUAUUUAUGUUGCCAAAGGCAUCUUAUCUGAGUUUCUUUCAUAUAGAAAGGUUUAUUCAUUAUAUUUUUCAUAUACUUGCCCUUAAAAGCCAUUUGGUUUAAUUUCUGAAUAUACAGCUUUUAAGGUUCAAGUAAAAGCACCAUAAAAAAAAAAAAAAAAAAAAACACACCCCACAUAAAGAUAAUGUAUGGCCUCAGAGGAAAUAUAUAAUUAAUGCAAACAUUGUAUUGAGUAUUUUGAUGUUGCUUUUGAGUCCCUUUUGAAGCCCCUGUCACCAUUCUUUGUAAUUUCGACAAAAACAAAACAUCCAUUCAUUUAUUAUCCAAACUGCUGCUGCUGUUUAGAGAUGAUGGGAUAAAAUGUACUAGAAUUUGCAAUUGAUUCUUUCUUGUUUAUGUACUAUUUAUUACAAAGGCUUUUAUAAAUUUUUAUGUGUAAUUAAGUAUCAGUACAUUUUUGCCAAUGUAAGUGGAACUACAGAGCACCAUUGAUUUAUCUGUAAUCAUAAUUCAUAAUAUAUGUACAGGCAAUAAGAGUUGCCAGGUAAUGUUUGCAUGUGAAGCCACCAGCAAAUCAUUUUAAGAUCAUAACCCACCUGUGAAUGUCCUAAUGCCAGAUGCCAAAUUACGGAUGCCACGAAGUGUGGCAAGUCUGCAUUACAAACAACAGGGUUUCAUGAAUGUAUUUGGAGUUUUACAUUUAUUUAUUGUGUAAGACAACGUGUACAGCUCUGGGACUCCGUUCACAGCUAGAGCUGUCAUUAGGCUUGUAUCAACAGAUGGUCGUGGCGCUGCUUGUGUGUUUUUGAUAAGAAAUGUUUGCAUAUGCUUGCAACUGUUUGACAUGUCUACUAACUGCUCUGAUGUGCUUGCCUUGUAAUGAUGCUUCUAAAGUGUAUCAUUAUUUGAUUCUUGCUUUUGCAUUUUCCAUUCACCGCGAUGGACUGUGUUUCAUGCCAUUAUUAUAAUUUAAUCUGUUAGGGGCUUGGGGUAUACCAAAGUGCUUCUGUAAUAGUAAACACCCCCGUCCACAUUUUGCACAAGUGGGUUGAAAUGGUUGCCAUAUAUUCCAUUGUUUGGUUUACUGAGAAAUUGCUGUUUUGUUCAAAUCAUUCUGUUUUCAUCAUAUAACUAAUACAUAACCAGUCACUGAUUCUCAUUGGCUAAGAGAUGGCUUCUCAUUUCCAGUCCAUCUGUAUAUUAACACUGAAAAACUAAAAUAAAUAAAAUGAGAGAUAAAAUAAAAUAAGAAGAACUCAGAUUGAUUCUAUUAAUAGAAUCUAGAGUUUUAAGAUGCAUUUUUAGGUUGACUUAUUCUCCCUUUAACCUGUUGUAGUUAUGAGUUAAUUUAAAAGAGCCAAAACUCAACAUUUCAGUCAUUAUUUACUCACAGCAGAACCUGAUUUUGCUGAGUUCGACUUGUUCCUAGGUCAACAUCUUUGUUGAUCCUGGAACGACAUUGUGAUUAGCCGAUCAGAUUUGAAGAACCAGUUUGUAGUUUUUGUAAAGUUUAGGCUUACAGUCAGUAUUUGGUGCUUGUACAUCAGUAUCAUUUAUCUAUCAUUAAAUUAAGCAUUACUCAUGGUUAAGAUUAGGUGUAGAGAUAUGGUCAAGACUAAAUUUUUGGAUUAAAAUGUUGUUCCAAAGUGAACAAAAGAUGCUGAGCUAGGAACACAUCGAACUCAGCAAAAUCAUGGACGUGCUUUACUCACCCUCAUGUCUUUCUUGAAAUCCUGCUAGAUAAUUCUUUAGCUGUUUCACGCAGGAAAGAAAAUCAUGUGGGUUUGUAAAGACAUGAGGGUAUGUAAAGAGAGAAUUUCCAUUUCUGGACAGGCUAUUGCUUUUAAUUAACAUUACAAAUAAAACAAGCACUUUUAUAUAGAAUUACAUGAAAGUUGUGUUUAUUCAGAUCUCUAGCUUAACGUUUUGCUUGAAACUGAGCUGGAGGCCAAUGGUGAAGUUUUCAAGGGGUGACACAACUCCUUGACCUUUAGACAAGACUUGUUGGUCAUGUCAUUACCACUAUUUAUGUAAAAACGUAUUGCCUGUGCUAACAUUUUUUGUGUUGUGACACAAAAGUUCACACAGAUAUAUUUAGAUGCUAUUUAAGUUUUGUUCUUUCUGGGGGUUUUUUCUUCCUAACUGUUUACACUUGAUGUGCUGAGAGCAUUUUCCAUUAAUUACAGAACUGUGAUCAGCUUUGUAAUCAGAACUGUUGCCUUUUGUUUCAGCAUUAAUGAGUUUGCCUUUGCUUCUGUAAUUGAAAACACAAGACAAAAUGCCCUCUGGUCAUCUACCAAUCAUUUAGCGAUUGUUUAAUUUGUUCACUGCAAUCUGCAAAUGAGAUUAAAGGGGUCUCAUUGGUUGCUUCCAUAAAUAAUAACAUUAUUUGGAUAAUUAGUGUUAAUCUAGCCUCUAAAAACAGUGUAGAUAUUUUGGACGUAUCAUAUUCUCAAUGUUGAAUGCUUUUUAAUUACAUUAUGUCUUGAUUAUUUUGUUAUUUUACCUCGGUGCAAUGAGAUAAAUCUCUACAGGUUCUUCUUAUGAUCCUUUAGAAAAGGGAACAAAAAUAGUGACUGCAUCAGAAGAUAAGAGACCAAGAGGCUGUUCAAUCCAUUAGUGAAUAUAGUGAAGAUCCAGCACACUGCACAACUGGCUAAUGUGGAUAAUGGCUCUCUGGCAGUCUGGCUCUCUGCAGCUGUACGUGUGCCAAGAUGCCUGCCAGACAACAAUAUCAAUAAAAUUUUAAAAUUCGUCAAUUUACAUAUUAAUGUAGAAAGAGUUGCAAUGAGGUUUUCAAAUAAAACACACUUUUUCAUAUUUGUAAUGAUCUCAGAUGUUAUAGGAUGCAGAACACUGUAUUGAUUAUUUUUCAAGUGGUGAUUCUAAAAAUCUAAACUUGAUUAUUUUAUGAUGAUGCCUCAUCUAAGUAAUAUUUUUGCAACAGUCUCUAAAGUUAAACAUGUCCAUUAUUGCUUGAGUUUCCCAGAGUCUUUAAUAUGCUGUCCUUAGUAGCUUGUUUUGUCCAUUAAAACUGUUAAGAGGUCAAAAAAAAAAAAAAUAUCUAUGAAGUUUUAUAAUUACAGUCCAAAAACAAUAAGUUGAUUAUAUUUUGUGCAAUUUGGUUUUUGUGUUUAAAUAAUUCCAGUUCAGUAACUCAGCAUUGGGUUCUUCCUCUAUACACACAUGCAUUUGUUUCUGUGAAUUAUGAGGAUUUUAAGCUGACCAAAUAAAAUGCUCUAUCCCCUAAUACUAACCUAACCCUAACAGAAAACCUGUUUGCAUUUUACUCUUUCAGAUAAACG